CCGGCGAGAUCAUUGCCAUGCGGUCGAUCAGUGUGUGAUGUAUGCUGGCUAGCGUGUCCCCUGGAUGGCGCAAUGCGACGCUGCCCCUAUAGUUGCGGUAAAGCACGGCAUUGGUCUGGCAUUGCACACGAUGUCAUCUUGCAAAAGAUAUGGACCCUCAUUCGAUCAUUUCAGCAACAACGGACAACGUCUGAAAAGAAGUUGGAGAAUGGUGCUGACAAAGCUUGGUCGGAACAGUUUUUGUCACUCCUUGGUCAGGCGUUGUCUGGGCAAAUACAACGGAAAGAGGACUAUGUACUGGAGCAGUCACCACAGCGUACCCACGACACGGAUUUUGACUUGUUGACGCUGGCACAAUGGCCUGAACCAAAACAUAUUGAGGAAAGUCCCCUCCUUCCGUCCGUCUUGGCGGAACUCGAUUGUCAAAUCUGCUAUGCAGCCUUGUUUGAUCCACUAACGACACCGUGCGGUCACACAUUCUGCAGAAGUUGUUUGUUGCGCUCAGCAGAUCACUCGCCACAAUGUCCAACCUGCAGAGCAACGAUUCCACCACCUUUUGCAAAUCUCUACCAUGCACCCUGUUCAGCGGUCCUUGCCUCAUUCUUCCUCAAUUUCUGGCGACCCUUGUGGCGAGAACGACAGUUGCACAUCAAGGAAGAGCAAGAUUUAACGGAAAUCUUCGGUACGGCCGAUGCAAGUCGACUCGGACCAGGCAUCACCUUGCCAAUUUUUGUGUGUACCUUGGCGUUCCCUUACAUGCCUACUUUUUUGCACAUCUUUGAGCCUCGCUACAAACUCAUGAUACGUCGGUGUGUCGAGUCUGGUGAUGGCAGGUUUGGUAUUGUGUUGCCAAGAUUACCGACGGCGUCGCAGUCUGCUGGUGAAGCACAGGGAUGUCCCUCUGCGACGUAUGGCACUGUGCUGCGUAUUAACAGUGUGCAAUACUUGGAAGACGGACGAUCCUUGCUUGAAACGACGGGUGAAGAUCGUUUCAGAUUGGAGAGAUGGGGAUCUAGAGAUGGAUACAUGGUUGGCAGGGUCGAAUUGCUACCGGAUGACGGCACAGAUGGCGACUCGGAAGCCGAGACGGAAAGCAGUUUAUACCCUGCUGGUGACCUUGGCUUCACGCUAUCGCCUCAAGAUGACGCCUUGGAUAUUGCAGGUUUGUUGCAAGAAGCGACGCAUUUCAUUGGCAAAUUGAGACAAGGUUCUGCGCCUUGGGUCUUGCAGCAUUUGGAAAUCACGCAUGGUGAAGUGCCGGAUGAUCCGAGUGUUUUUGCCUUUUGGGUGGCCAGUUUGAUUCCUGUGCAUGAAGAGGAAAAAUACCUUUUACUCAAGGCGAGAGGUGUUAGGACUCGCUUGCGGAUUGUGUUGCAUUGGGUGAGGAAGUUACAGAACCAGUUGUGGUUCCAUGGGAGUUGUGCAGUGAUGUGAGAUGAGAUAAUGAGUCAGGUGUGUUA